UCGGUUCAGAGAAUCAAUCGCUGUUCGGUUCAGUGAAUCACUCGAUGAUCUGGGGUGGGUGUUCAGAGAAUCACUCGCCGUUCGGUUCAGUGAAUCACUCGCUGAUCUAGAGUCGCUGUUCAGAGAUUCAUUCCGAAUCGCAUAUAAACUCUGGGUGGUUCGGUUCGGUUCGGUGUCAGAAAUCAUGGCGGAGGAAAUGAUCCUGAAGGUUUUGUGUGGGAAUCACGGCUCAAUGGAGUACGAGCGUCUUUUGGAAAUUUCAUACGGACUGAAAGAAAUAUCCGCGGAUAAUUCCCUGGAUAAAAUCCUCCAGCGCAGAGACAUCUUCACCGUCAUUCAGCGAAGCGAAAGCAAAGAGGUUUUCGCCCAAACUACCGUCAAACUGUGUAGAAGGAGCGAGUGUGUGGAGCUGUGUGGAGACCUCCACCUGUGUAAAUAUGAGCUGAUGAUGGGGCGCUGCAGCAGGCACAGCUGCAGUUACGGACACCAGCUGAUGUCUGAACACAACGUGAGGAUCCUGAGAGCUCAUGGGAUGAUCCGUCUGAGUCGACAAGAUCUGUGUGUGAUGUUUCUGCAGUCCGACAGCGGCCUCCUGCCUCCUGUGUGCACCGCGUACAACCGGCGUGGAAGCUGUCCGGACGGAGAGAAGUGCUCGAGGCUGCACGUGUGUGAGAGCUUCGUCAGAGGACGCUGUGGAGACACGGACUGCGGACGCUCGCACGAUUUCCACGAACCACACGUGAGAAAAGUGCUGCGCUCCAGAGGAGUGUCUCAGCAGCUCAUGAGCUCUCUGCCCUUCAUCUACCGCAACAUCCUCACGCUCAAGACCCUCAAGACUCAACCGGACCGCAGAAACACAGACGUCCAGCCUCACAGAAGCUCUGACGCUGAGACUGAGAUCUGUCUGUCGUUUGUCAGAGGAUUCUGCGGAGCAGAUAAAUGCAGUAAAACACACUGUAAAAUGCCUUAUAAGUGGGAGGUGAAGGUGGGCGGCUUGUGGCACGAUUUACCCAACAGUGAACCGAUCGAGCGAGAUUACUGCCAGCCGUCCAACAUACACAGUUCUGGAAACGAGCCGGUGUGCUUCGAGGAAAUGACUCUGGGUCUGGACGAGGUCCGGCGUCUCUCCACGCAGUCGUCUGUUCUCCUGCCCGGCUUCGCCCUCACCACCCGCUGGAGCUGGUUCUGGAAGGACGAGUACAAGCGCUGGAUCCAGUAUGGCUCGAUCGCGGAGAUGCACCGGUUGUCUUCGGUCAGCAGCGAGCAGCUGGAGCUCAGAUAUCAGGAGUAUCUGCGGCAGGAGCAGGAGGACGCUGGGAUCAAGUUCAGCGCGGGGAACCGCUUCUACGAGCUCGGCUUCACAGACAUGAAGCAAAGAAACGGGGUGAGCGGCACCGAGAGGCCUGUGAGGCGGCGGCCCGUGUUUGUCUCGUCGCUGGACGUCCAGAUCGCCAGAGCGAGAUGUUGCGGAUCCAUUAAAACUUGUUUUUCGAAAGGCGUUCCUGGAUUUUGGGACCAAAAUGCCGUUCCUGAUUUCGGAUUUCAGAGAGUGCGUCUCCUGCCGUCUCACAGGGAUUACGUGAGAGUCCACGAGCGCUUCACACAAACUCUGAGGGGGUUUACCGUCCAUCGGAUCGAGCGUGUGCAAAACAGGGAACUCUGGGAAGACUUCAUGAUAAAAAAGGAGCGAAUGAAAGUUACAAACAAGCAGGAAAAGUUUGGCGAUCGGCUGUUAUUCCACGCCACCGAAUCGUCUCUCGUCGAAGAUGCAUGUCUGAGAAACAUUGACUUUGAGACGUCGGAUUCAGCACCGUAUGGACGGGGGAUCUACUUCUCGAAGGACUCCAGGUACUGGAUGGAGCGAGCGGACGGCUCUGACGUGAGGCUGAUGUUCGCCUGCAGGGUGCUGGUUGGGUUCUACACCAGAGGAGCGGCUCAUCUCCGUCAUUCUCCGGCCAGAAACACUGACGGACGUCUCUACGACAGCUGUGUGGAUAAUCCUCGAGACCCGGCUGUGUUUGUAGUGUUCGACCGGUGUCAGAUCUACCCAGAGUUUCUGAUUAGCUUUGAGGACAGUAACGAGUGUUUCCUGCCUGAGAUCGCUCGGGUCCACACGAACGAAGAGCAAAGCGACUCCUGCAGGAGAACAAGCUCCAUCAGUUCUCUCGAGGGUCCACAACACACUUCAUCCUCCGACAGAACAACAGAACCGCUCAUCACGCUCUCAAGAUCAACAUUAGACACACACGUGGGCACAAACACUGCACUUCCUGUCUCAGAUGAACUAAUUUCCACUGCACUUCCGGUCUGUGCUAAAAGUGACUCGAAUGCACUUCCUGUCUCAGCUGAAUGCAUUUCCAUUGCACUUCCUGUCUCAACUAAAAGUGCCUCGAAUGCACUUCCUGUCUCAAGUGGUAGUGUCUCAAAUGCACUUCCUGUCUCAAGUGGUAGUGCCUCAAAUGCACUUCCUGUCUCAAGUGAAAGCGUCUUGAUUGCACAUCCUGUCUUAACUAAACGCAUCUCCACUGCAUUUCCUGUUUCACCUGAGGACUUUUCCAAUGCAUUUCCUCUCUCAGCUAAGUCUAUUUCUUCAGCACUUCCUGUCUCAGGGAAAUGCAUUUCCACAGAGCAUCCAGUGUCAAUUAAAAGUGCCUCGAAUGCACUUCCUGUCUCAAGUGGUAGUGCCUCGAAUGCACUUCCUGUCUCAACUAAAAGUGCCUCUAAUGCACUUCCUGUCUCAAGUGAAAGCGUCUUGAAUGCACAUCCUGUCUUAACUAAACGCAUCUCCACUGCAUUUCCUGUUUCACCUGAGGACUUUUCCAAUGCAUUUACUCUCUCAGCUAAGUCUAUUUCUUCAGCACUUCCUGUCUCAGGGAAAUGCAUUUCCACAGAGCAUCCAGUGUCAAUUAAAAGUGCCUCGAAUGCACUUCCUGUCUCAAAUAAAAGUGCCUCGAAUGCACUUCCUGUCUCAAGUGGUAGUGUCUCGAAUGCACUUCCUGUCUCAAGUGGUAGUGCCUCAAAUGCACUUCCUGUCUCAAAUAAAAGUGCCUCGAAUGCACUUCCUGUCUCAACUAAAAGUACCUCGAAUGCACUUCCUGUCUCAAGUUGUAGUGCCUCAAAUACACUUCCUGUCUCAAGUGAAAGUGUCUUGAAUGCACAUCCUGUCUUAACUAAACGCAUCUCCACUGCAUUUCCUGUUUCACCUGAGGAAAUUUCCAAUGUAUUUCCUCUCUCAGCUAAGGGCAAAUCUUCAGCACUUCCUGUCUCAGGGAAAUGCAUUUCCACAGCGCAUCCAGUGUCAAUUAGAAGUGCCUCGAAUGCACUUCCUGUCUCAAGUGUUAGUGCCUCGAGAGCACUUCCUGUCUCCAGUGUUAGUGCCUCGAGAGCACUUCCUGUCUCCAGUGUUAGUGCCUCGAGAGCACUUCCUGUCUCCAGUGGUUGUAGUCCUGUGUCUCUGAGCUCUUCAGUGUCGUCCUCUCAUCAGCGCUCUGGAAACUCUUCAGAAGCUGCACACAGCAGGAAACCUGCAGCGCAGAAGAACAGCUGCAGUGUCAUGUGAUCCGUACUGGUGCCACAAAAAUGAUUUUCAUACUUUAAUGUCUUUGUCUUGUUUUCUAUAAACAUCUGAACGGUCUUGAAUCAAGAUGCAUUUACAAUUAAAAUAGCUUAAUAGAUCAAAUGUAA